AGCUACAGGACUCAGGACCUUGAAAGGCUCAGGAAGAACAAUCCUUGAGAGCAGCAGCAACCUCGGCACUGCCACAUCGGCCAAGAAAGCAUGCUCCUCGCUACGUUCAAGCUGUGUGCUGGGAGCUCCUACAGACAUAUGCGGAAUAUGAAAGGACUGAGGCACCAAGCUGUGCUGGCCAUUGGCCAAGAGCUCAACUGGAGAGCGCUGGGGGAUUCCAGUCCCGGGUGGAUGGGUCAAGUUCGACGGAGCUCUCUGCUUGGUUCUCAACUGGAAGCAACACUCUAUAGUGACCAGGAGCUGUCCUACAUCCAGCAGGGAGAGGUGGCUAUGCAGAAGGCCUUGGGCAUACUUAACAACCAGGAAGGCUGGAAGAAGGAAAGCCAGCAGGAGAAUGGGGAUGAAGUGCUAAGUAAGAUGGUGCCAGAUGUAGGCAAGGUGUUUCGCUUGGAGGUGGUGGUAGACCAGCCCAUGGACAGACUCUAUGAAGAACUGGUGGACCGCAUGGAGGCCAUGGGAGAGUGGAACCCAAAUGUCAAGGAGAUCAAGGUCCUGCAGAAGAUUGGAAAAGACACGGUCAUCACCCAUGAGCUGGCUGCGGCGGCAGCAGGCAACCUGGUGGGGCCCCGAGACUUUGUGAGCGUGCGCUGUGCCAAGCGCAGAGGUUCUACCUGUGUGCUGGCAGGCAUGGCCACACAUUUUGGGGAGAUGCCCGAGCAAAGCGGUGUUAUCAGGGCUGAACACGGCCCCACCUGCAUGGUGCUUCAUCCACUGGCUGGAAGUCCCUCAAAGACUAAACUCACUUGGCUGCUCAGUAUUGACCUGAAGGGGUGGCUGCCGAAAUCCAUCAUCAACCAGGUCCUAUCGCAGACCCAGAUAGAGUUCGCCAACCACCUGCGCAAGCGACUGGAGACCAGCCCUGCCUCUGAGGCCCAGCGCUAAGGACUGCCCACCACGUCGACCUGCAAGUCAUUGGGAGCUAUCACAGGAAGCCUGCAAGUCUGUCCAUCUUCAGUUAACAACAUCGGGAGGGGUGGUAGUCAUAAGACACUGGGACUGGCUGGUAAAAAUCAGGAUCAGGAAACUAGAAAUGAGGCUUAGAAUAAAAGUCCCCCAGUGUCUCCCACCGAGUAGCUGUGAAGGCUAAGGGAUAGGUAAGGGAUGAAGGGAAUCCACGAA